CAGUCAGGACAGCUCAACGACAGCUUGUUUGUCUCAUUUGAUUCCAGAUCUGGGAAUUUAAUUGCAAAAUGUUCAGCCCCUGAGGCCUGAAGCCGUCCUGAAAUCCGAAAUGCGGACGCGGCGGUGCUUAUUUUAUUAUAAGUUGCAAAAUGGGUGUGGGCGCAACAAUUUGUUCACUCAUCAUUUUUCUUCUUGAACAACCAGAUACUAUGGCCAAUCCGCUAGAAACAGCGACUGCUUUCGACUUCGAUGAUAGACUGGGCCUAGUCUUCAUCGUAGAGGCCGCAUCACUAUCCGUACUGGCUAUCACAACUCUCCUGGCAUACAUCACUUAUAGCGCUGUCACAAUUCGAAUGGGUGCUACACGCAGAUGGUCCACCGACACUCACGUUCAUUAUUAUUUCUUAAAUCUAAUGGUCUUUGACCUCAUUCAAGCAAUAGGGGGAAUGUUCGAUAUCGCAUGGAUUGAUGCUGCUGAAAUAUAUCCCGGCACCAUAUGCACUGUGCAAGGUGCCUUCAAGCAUGUAGGCAAUACGGGGGCAGCUUUCAGCACAAUUACUAUCGCCUUGCACACGAUGCAGGUACUGAUAUUGAGGUGGAGUACCCCUCCAAAAGGAGCACUACUUGGCUCAGCUAUUAUAUGGAUAAUUGUUGGCCUGAUGGUCGGAAUACCGAACAUAAUCAUUGAUGAUUUCUAUGGACCAACCGGGCAUUGGUGCUGGAUAGAACGUAACAACUUCCAACGAAUAGGUCUCCAAUACAUGUGGAUGUGGUUUGCAGCAUUCAUCACUAUCGUUGUCUACAUCUUCCUUGCUCUUGUGGUCAAACGGAUCGUUAGCAUUGAUGGAUACAAGAUUCGGUGGGCGUCCUCCGAGAUCCGCAGUAUAACACCGUCCGAUGGUUCUGAUCCCCGACAACGGGGCGACGAAGGAGCCAUCGCGCUACGAAUGCUCUUCUACCCUGCAGUCUACAUUAUCACAGUGUUGCCUAUCACUGCUGCCCGCUUCACGGAGUUUCACACAGGCAAAGUGCCAUGGGGAGUGACGGCUUGGGCAGACACCCUUCUUCUCUUGUCUGGAUUCUUCAACACAAUCCUAUAUACGCUGACGCGCCCAAAGCUCCUUCCGCGUAGACGUCGGUCGCCCUCCCGGGUCGUUCUAACAUCCACGGGCUCAAAUCAAUUUGGUAGGACUAACCGAUUCCAAAACCACAAGCACUAUCCCUAUGAUACGAAACCUGAAGACGGAGUGCUCCCUUCUACGAGUUUUGAACUCACAGAACCCCCGCGCUCCUCGUCCGAGUUGCGCUUUGCUCGCCCUGAGAUAUCAGAUAUUAAGCAAUGAUUGUUUUGUAUUUUUAUGCGACCCCAUGCUGUGCGCUGCUUCAUACUACACAGAGUCUAAAUUCCGUACCUGUAUUGCAACACUUUUACUCAACGCUGUAAAUAACGUCUUUAAUGACAUAUCGCUAUUUGAUGGUCUUGUUU